AUUUCUAUGUUGAUUAUCGUGAAUUCAUCAGCUGAGGUGAUGAAGAAAUUGAGCAUUACCUUCGCUAAAGAAGUGGAUGUAUGUCAGAAAGAGCUGAACGUGGGAGACAACAUAAUGCAAGAAAUGCAGAACUUCUGGCGCGAGGAGUACGACCUGGUGCACAGGGACACCGGCUGCAUGAUACUGUGCAUGGCUUCCAAACACAACCUGCUGGUGAUAGCUGAUGAGAAGAUACAUCAUCAGAACGCUCACGAGUUCGCGAAAGCUCACGGCGCUGAUGACGAGAUGGCCACACAACUGGUCAAUAUAUUACACGACUGUGAGAAACAAUAUCCACCACAAGAUGACGUCUGCUUACGGAGUCUAGCGGUCGCUAAGUGCUUCCGAACCAAGAUACACAGCCUCAAAUGGGCACCGUCGAUGGAGGAGCUCCUGGCGGAGAUCAUGACGGAAAUGUGA